AUGAAAUUUGUUAACACUUUAAUCGGAACUGCUAAAGAUGGGCACGUGUUUCCUGGACCAUGUCAUCCUUUUGGUGUCGUUAAAUUAGGCUUUGAUACUGAUAACAUUGAUGAUUAUAAUGCUGGAUACACUACUAAUGGAAACAUUACAGGAAUAUCUCAUUUACAUGUUAGCGGAACAGGAGGUGAACCAAAAUAUGGAGUUAUAAGUCAAUUUCCUGUAAUAGAUUCAUCUGAAGAUCCACUUAAUAUAUAUCACUAUUCUUCUGAACGUUCUUUCGAACAAUUUGAAGUUGGUUAUUCUAAAUUUGGAUUAAAACGUUAUAAUAUUACAGUUGAAUUAACUGCUAAUAGAAGAACAGGUCUUCAUCGAUACACUUUUCCUUCAUUCAAAAAUAAGACUAAAGUUAUUAUUGAUUUGUCUCAUAGCCUUACUGUGCCUGGAUUUAGCGGCGGUUGGAAUAAAGGAGGCCCCUAUGUAGUUUAUUUCUGUUCUCAAUUUAAUACCAAUGCAAUAGAAUUUAAGACUUGGAAAAGUCAAAAGGCUGAACUAAUUCAUGAGCAUUUUGAUAGAAACUAUUUUAGUGACAUUAGCGGUGUUAUUUUAACAUUUAAUGUUACUGAAAAUCCAGUAAUAAUAUCAAGAGUUGGAAUUUCAUUUAUUUCAGCUGAUCAAGCUUGUAAGAGUGCUGAAAGUGAGAUACCUAAUUGGGAUUUUGAGACAACUAAACAAGAAGCUGUAAAAGCUUGGCAAACCGAGCUAGAAAAGAUUUAUGUUGAAGGAGGAACUGAUGAUUUAAAAACUAUUUUUUAUAGUAGUUUAUACAGAACCAUGAUUAUUCCAAAAAUUCAUGAUUGUAAAUCUAGAACAUCAAAUCCAUUAUUUACACUUUUCCAACAAGAACGAGCCGUAGAAAUUGUUAGAUCAUUAAUUGAUAUAUAUAAAAAUGAAGGAUUUAUGCCUGAUGGAAGAAGUGGAUUAGCGAAUGGAAUCACACAAGGUGGAUCUAAUGCUGAUAUGGUUGUGGCUGAAACGUACUUAAAAAAAUUAGGUACUAAUGUAAUAGAUUGGGAUCUUGCUUAUGAGGCUUUAAUCAAAGACGCAGAAGUAGAUCCAAAUGGAAGCGGCUUAUUUGAGGGCCGACUCUCUUUAUCAUCAUAUAUAAAAUAUGGUUAUAUACCUAUAUAUGGAAAUAUUAGAACACAAUAUGCAUAUUCUCCUUGUAGUAGAACUAUAGAGUACUCUGCUAACGAUUAUAGUAUCAGUCUUGUUGCUAAAGAUAAAUAUGAUGAUUAUAUGAAAUAUAAGAAGCGAGCAAGAAAUUGGGAGAAUCUAUGGCAUUCUAAUAAGACGUUUAAUGGUACCAAAGGGUUUAUUAUACCAAAAUAUAAAAAUGGUACAUUUUAUACAGAAAUGAACGUUUUAGAAACAUAUGGAGGCGAUUAUGUAUUUUAUGAAGGUUCUUCAUGGGAAUAUAGUUUGGAUAUACCAUUUGGAAAUGAACCUGAUUUUUUUCAUGCUUGUUUAUAUCAUUUUAUUGGAAAACAAUAUAAAAGUGUUGAUGUUAUAAGGGAUAUUUUAAGAACUAAGUUUGGAAGUGGCCAGGAUGGAAUUCCAGGGAAUGAUGAUUCAGGGGCGAUGGGAAGUUGGUUUGCUUUUAAUGCUAUCGGAAUAUAUCCAUUGGCUGGCACAGAUAUAUAUCUAAUAAACUCACCAAAUUUUGAUAGAGUAACGAUAAACCUCUCAUUACGAAUAACAUUCACAAUUUUAGCUAAUAACUUAACAGCCGAUAAUCAUAUAAAUCCAUAUGUUCAAAACGUGAAGAUCAAUGGCAUAAAUUGGAGAAAAACAUGGUUUAGACAUUCAGAUAUUGCAAAUGGGGCGAUUAUGGAAUUAGUUAUGGGUCCAAAACCAAGUAAGGUUUGGGGUGUUAUUGAUGAAAACGAAGAUAGAUUUGAUAUAGAAGAUAGA